AUGCCACCAAGGGCCAACCAGGCUCAGCGACAGAGACAUCUACAAACAGCUUCCCUUGACAACGGUUCCAACAGCGACCCCCCAUUCCAAUUCAGUAACACCACAGUUGCUGCUGCUGCUGCUGGCAAGCGACGUCGACACCCCACUCUUGCAAUUGCCACCCAUGAAGCGGAUGUGGAAAUCACUCAAGACAUCUUACCCCCACUGCUGGUCGCCGUCGUGCCACAAAGUCUCAAAGCCAUGCUCAAGCCAGGCCAGCAUGGCUCUCAGACUGUCAUGGCUGUGCAUUCUGGCCUGUUCCCUGCCCAUCCUGAUGCUGCCCAAGCCCGUUCCCGCUGUGCGAGCACCGACUCCCCUGCUGCCACACCGAACCGGCAUCUGACGCCAGUGGCCAUGAUGGAUCUGAUGAUGAAGACUCAAGUCGAAACAUCCCAUGACAGUCCACUCAGCCAUGACCCACUCAGCUGCAACCCAGCAACAAACCAGGAUUCCAAUCUGGCUUCUGAUGAACACCCCAGUUCCCCCAUUCCAUCCCAUGUGGAAUCUGUGGUAGUGCAUGGCGUUGCCAAUCUUGGGCCAAAGCUGCCUGUCAGGAAGAGGAAGCAGCAGGCAGAGGGUGAGCCAACAUCAAAAGAUGCCACACUGGAGUUUUGGCACCAGGGAGAUGAUGAAACCUUUUCUGUCAUCACUCAGUCCCGCAUUGAAUUCCUGGCUCAUUGCAGGGAACCCUUGGUCCCUAGCUUAGAUGGGACAGAGCAGGUUGAGAUGGCAACACAACUUAUGGAUGGGUUCAAGUAUGUUUGGCACAACCAUGCUUCAAAGGAGGGACCGUAUGAAAACCCUGUGAUUUCCGAUGUCAUCACAGUUUUCUUCCAAUUCAAAUUUCAGUACAUCUCGCGGACCUUAGGUGAAUCAUAUCUGGAUGAAUUCAAGAACUUCAAUGACCACCAUGAGCUGAUUGCUCUUGCCCUCUCAGCAAUUCAUUGUGCACUUGAGACUAUUGCCAAUGAUAAAACCGAGUUUUCGGCUUCACAGUUCAGCUUCAUUCACGAGAACCACUUGAUUGACAUUGAGGAGUUCUCGGUUAAGAAGUCAAAGAGGUGGGCACGUAUCUGUACCGAGCUGUUUUGGAAGAUGGCAUGA